GUGGGCUUGCCCCCCUCCCGCCUCCGCCUUGGCGCCCCAGCACUGCCCGCCGGGAAAUGGCUCCGCUCAGCCUCCUCGGGAGAGCGCAUCGAUCCUGCCCCGUCUUCCCUUCCUCCUCCCCACCUCCGCGCUGCUCCGCGAUUCCGGAGGGGAGACAUUAAGAAGGCAGAUUCUAAUGUGCACGUCGCGAGCUGCUGGGUGGGCGCCUCGAGUUUUUCUGUACAGUUUUUUUUUUCCUCCUCUAAUGUGAGCGCGGGGAGGCAGUGGUAUUGCUGCUUUUAGGAAUUUUGUUUUUAAAGUGCACGUCGCGUUGGGUUGCACGCUCCACCCCCAGGGACAUGGUGUGGAGAAAUUUGAACCUACAGCUUUAGCCUCGAAAAGGCCGAAUUUCCUGUCCCUCAGUGAGUGCGGAGAACAACACGGGCGACAUGACCAGCGAACUCAUUUUUUAUAGGACUCCUUGAAGCUGGUUUCUGCGUUUCUCUACCUGGACGCUCAUUUGUGGAAUAGAGUUGACUACCGUCUCCGCGCAGCGUUUAACUAAUAAGCAAAUGUCACCUCUGUUUGAACGUUUUGGUGUUAACGAGAGAGAAAUCAUUUCACCCACGAGAACUAACUGAACUGUCAGCAUCAUUGAAAUAUCUACGAAAACGGAUCUGGGUGGGGGAGGCAGUGGAAAAGCAACUGCUAUAUAGCCGGAGAAAUUCCUUUGGAAGUUAUUCCGUAGUCUGAGACCAGACACUUCCGAGCAAGUUUUCACUGGGCAAAAUGGGGGAGCAACCUAUCUUCAGCACUCGAGCUCAUGUCUUCCAGAUUGACCCAAAUACAAAGAAGAACUGGGUACCCACCAGCAAGCAUGCAGUUACUGUGUCUUAUUUUUAUGACAGCACAAGAAAUGUGUAUAGGAUAAUCAGUUUAGAUGGCUCAAAGGCAAUAAUAAAUAGCACUAUUACCCCAAACAUGACAUUCACUAAAACAUCUCAGAAGUUUGGCCAGUGGGCCGAUAGCCGCGCAAACACUGUUUAUGGACUAGGAUUCUCCUCUGAGCAUCAUCUUUCAAAAUCUUUAUCCUUUCAGUUUGCAGAAAAGUUUCAGGAAUUUAAAGAAGCUGCUCGGCUAGCAAAGGAGAAAUCACAGGAGAAGAUGGAACUUACUAGUACACCUUCACAGGAAUCAGCAGGUGGAGAUCUUCAGUCCCCUUUAACACCAGAAAGUAUCAAUGGGACAGAUGAUGAGAGAACACCUGAUAUGACCCAGAACUCAGAGCCAAGAGCUGAACCAACUCAGAAUGCAUUGCCAUUUUCACAUAGUUCAGCAAUCAGCAAACACUGGGAGGCUGAACUGGCUACCCUCAAAGGAAACAAUGCCAAACUCACCGCAGCCCUGUUGGAGUCCACUGCCAACGUGAAACAAUGGAAACAGCAGCUCGCUGCAUAUCAGGAGGAAGCAGAACGCCUGCACAAGCGGGUGACAGAGCUUGAAUGUGUAAGCAGCCAAGCAAAUGCAGUGCAUACCCACAAGACAGAAUUAAAUCAGACGAUACAAGAACUGGAAGAGACACUGAAAGUCAAAGAAGAGGAAAUAGAAAGACUAAAACAAGAAAUUGAUAAUGCCAGAGAACUACAAGAACAGAGAGACUCCUUGACUCAGAAACUACAGGAGGUAGAAAUUCGGAACAAAGAUCUGGAGGGACAACUGUCUGACUUGGAGCAACGUCUGGAGAAGAGUCAGAAUGAACAGGAAGCUUUUCGCAAUAACCUGAAGACGCUCUUAGAAAUUCUGGAUGGAAAGAUAUUUGAACUAACAGAAUUACGGGAUAACUUGGCCAAGCUACUAGAAUGCAGCUAAGGAAAAUGAAAUUUCAGUGCCAAUUGAUUAAAAGAUACUCUAUCUCUCUUCAUAGGACUAUUUGGGCUCUGCAUCAAGAUUGCACACACACACAAAAAUUGAGUAUCACUCCUCCAGGAGGAGGAUCUUUUGAAAAUUGGAAUUGUAUAUUUCAGUGUAAAUUUUAGAAUUUAGCUUGUAGCUAGUUGGGAAAAAAAAAACAAAUGAAAAACUUGAACUACAAAUUACCUCCAUGUACAUUAUUGGCCAUAGUUAACUAGAAAGUUACAAGUAGACAUUUAAUGCAAUCUUUUUUUCCCCUGAUAUUAGCCAAUGGGAGAAUUAACAAUGUCUGGGUCAUAUCCCCUUUUUGUGUUCACAGUGAAGAUUAUCUGCUUUUUAAAUUAAUUUAUUUAUGAUAUCUAGAGCUGUGAUUUGUGCAAAAACUUAGUGAUGAAAGCCCUGUCUUUUGUUGUAAUCUGAAUAAUUUCUCAGGAUAUUUUUGCACUGGUGAGAAGCAGUGCCAUGACCAAUUACUUCUUGCCAGGAGGAAGAGAGCUGCAUCUUUAUUGAAACACACUAAACUGGGUAUAUAGAGUUCUUCCCUUUUUUGUACUGGAAGAUUUUUCACUCUGGUGACUACUCUGGUACACUCUGGUGUUCUCUAAUCUUGUCCGUUGUAUAGUUUACUUUUCCUUAUUGAUUCCAUGUGUUUAUGAAAAGAUAUUGUCUCCCAUUUUAUUAUGCAUUUUAAAGCCAACUAACAAAAGGCAGCUGAGUCCCUCGGAAAUUUUUGUUUUUAAAUUUCUAAUAAAUUUGACACACAGAACUGAAAUACAGUAGCCUGUCAUUAACAGGCUGGUGUAGCAAUGUUAAGUAUAUUUACAGAAAAUAUGCAGUUACAUUUGUUUAUAUAUUUUGCAAGAAAUCUUUUCUGAAUGAUCAAUGCAUUUCAAUUUAAGAAUAAUAGUGGUUAUUGGGGAACUGUUUAUUAUAGAUAAUUUUAAGGUGUACAGCUAUUUUCAAGGGGAUUCCUUCACAUCAAACAGCCGAUCAGAGGACUGUGUCUAAAUUGUGACCAUGGCAGGGGAGACGGUCAUGUGCUCUGGGCCUUCAUAUCAGCCACACCCUUCCUCAAACCUCACACGGCAAUAUACUGAACUGUUAACUAGGCGUUUUCCACACAGGAUCUACAUUAACAGGCUCUUCUCAGCGAGCAGGUUUUAAUGUUGUUUUGAUGUAAUUUUAAAAGACUUUUAACAAAUAUGCAUUUCUUUAUAUAAUAUAUUUCUUUUAUGAAGCUAUUUUAAAAGUAAGCCAAGUGCUGUCUGGUCUGUGUAUGGAAUAGGAAAUGCAUUUAAAAACAUAUAUUCUUGCUGUACAAUGCCUGUCAUGAUUAGGAGGUUCUUUUUGAAGUGUACGCUUGAGUAUCUGGCUCUAUGGAGUCAAUAAAUGCACUGACUUUUUGUUUGUACCCCAACUGAUUGAAUUGUUAAGUACAAAAUGAAGCAAAUUAAGCAAUUUGUAAGCAUUUUUCACUCAUAGCUACUCAGCACUAGAUCAUUUUGUUUUAUAUUUAUGUGUAUGUACAUACAUACAUAUUAAUUUAUAUUGGAGUGAAAAAUAAAUGGAUUGUUUCUAAAGUUAGUUUCUAGAAUGAGCUUUCAGGUGUCUGAACAGUUUCUGUCAGACCCUUAGUCAUCUUGUAUUAUGUGUGCUAUAACAUCCUGUAAGCUGCCUCCAUCUAUCUUAGGAUAUUCUCCUCACCUAUUUAUAAUAGGGAGAAUAAUUGGGUACACAUGCUCAGAGGGGAGGCAUUUCUCUGAUAAAUCAGGUAAUAAAAUUUAUUUGAUGGAUAGAAUUUUGAAGUAGAUGUGAUUUUAUCCAUGAGUCUCUGAGUGACAAAGAGCCCCAGGUUUUCAUUUAAAUAGGGGACUAGCACUAGGGAUCAGGGAAUUUAGUUAUGAAGAUUUUUUUUUAAAUCUUAAAAAAAAAACAGUGUAAGCUAUUGAAAUGGUAAGUGAAUUAUUUUAAUGGUGUAAUAAAAUAUUUUAAAAUUUUGACAAGGUGGUCAUUUAAUGGGAAAAUAACUCACCAAAAUAUUUCCACUUGAAUUGUAUUGAUAAUGUGAGACAUAUGUGUAAUUCAAUAUAUACAUUACCCACAUGUGUAUACAGAAAAUUAUUUUUAAUAUUUUCCUACUGAUAUGAAAUUUAAAAUUGGAAAUUUUGUGAGGUUUUCCUUGUCCAAUAGAGCCUGUUUCUUUUUAGUAAUAUAACAACUUCUUGAGGGCUACACCUUCAAAGUCCCAGAUUGUCCACAGACAUGUACAGUAUUUGGGAUAAGGUGGACACAAGUGCACAUAUAAAUAAAACCUUCUUAUGAGACUAUUUUAAACAUACAUUGACAGUAGGACAGUGUCUAGAAAUCAUCGCCUACAAGUCAUAAUUAGAUUGUGUGCCUACUGUAGAUUUUCCAUUUCUGUAUUAUAAAUAAAUGUUUGCAUAUUAAAAUUCUGAUUUUUCCCAGAGACAAGUACUAUAUAUAUAUAUAUCUAUAUCUAGAUCAGAUGUGGUGAUCUGCUCAUCAGAACACAGUGUUGGGGAUGGCGGCCUGAAUACGCGGACUCCUGGUGACCAUGGAGGAGGAAAGUGGAGACUGAGUCCAAUGUGUAUAAGUUAUUAUAUGAUAACUAUGAAUUCUUGUACAAAAACAAAAGCUGGAAAAAAAGAAAAACAAAAAUACAGUUUUUAUUUUGAAAUACA